UUACGACAGAAUAACGAAUAAUAAUUAAAUAUUAAAACCUUCUGAAGAGGAACUUUCUCUCGUCUCUCAGGAGAAAAUGUCGGACGACAGAAAAGAGGAAGAGGAAGAGGAAGUGACCUGCCAGCCCCUCCCCCCUCUGCCCCCCUCUGUUGCCAAGGAGACGGCGAUGUCAGCGCGGAGGCAGGACCUGGUGUGCAUCGUGUGUUUCGGGAGCUACGACCUGGCGGCGCGGUUGCCGCGGCGACUGCACUGUGGCCACGCCUUCUGCCAGGCGUGUCUAAAGAGACUCGACACCGUCAUCAACGAGCAGGUGUGGAUCCCGUGUCCUCAGUGUCGGCAGAAUACGCCGCGGCCGCGGGGCGGCGCCGCUGGUCUGGACCUGGACCUGGCGUCCUUCCUGGCGGUGAAGCAGGGCAGCAGAGAUGUGCUGGGAGCCGGGCCCCCGGCCGCCAGCGCUGGUGGCCGGGGGCCCGGCUCCCAGCACGGGAAGCUCUGGCUGGGGAAGGACGGCCCUGAGGACGCCUGGUCACACGGAGGGCUGGCCCAGCCACGCUUCCAUCGCUACGGAAACUGCUGCCCGCCGGCCUCCUAUUGGCUCUGCUGCUGGUUCUGCUGCAGGGGGCGGGGCUAGGACCGACCAAUGAGUGUGCUGAAUGGAGAUUAUUCUGUAAAUAAACUGUAGCGUGUUA